AUGGAGCAAGAUGGCAUUUUGUCUCAGGAGCUGAUCACUCAAGCCACCCAGCUAGGAGAAGGAAUUAUGCCGCCGAAUCCUGACGGGGAACAGCCGACUCCUGUAACAAAGAUAGAAUCAUCUCUGUGUUACUUACUGACUGUAAGAGUCAUAAGAGCAAGAAAUAUCCACCAGGCAGAUGUCUUAAGCCAGACUGAUUGCUAUGUGAGCCUGUGGUUGCCAACUGCUUCAACUGACAAAUUUCAGACUAAAACUGUCAAGAAUUGCAAAGAUCCAGUCUGGAAUGAAACCUUCUACUUCAGGAUCCAGAGUCAGGUCAAGAAUGUGCUGGAGCUCACACUCUAUGAUAAGGACAUGGUUACUCAAGAUGACCACCUCUUCACAGUGUACUUCGAUAUAGCCAAACUUUCCCUGGGAGAACAGGUCUUCAUGCACUUCAAGUGCGAUUCACAGAGACAAGAGGAGCUGGAGGUGGGAUUUGCAUUGGAUAAUAUUCCAGGGCCUCCUGAAACCAUCAUUACUAAUGGAGUACUAGUGUCUCGCAAAAUCUGCUGCUUGGAAGUCCAGGUGAUUGAAAAGAAGAAGAAGAAAAAGCAGAAGAAAUCUUUAUCAAAGAAAGAAUUCUCCUUCAAAGUGCAAGGCUCUUACGAGGGCACCCAAGACAUUACGCUGGGAUCUGAUCUGGUCUUCAACUCCUCCUCUCCUGCCAAAUUCCACUAUGCCAGAUACAAGCAGCCAACACUGGAUGUUACGCUACCAGGGAGGAAACCACCUCCCUCCUUUCGCUCCUGUGUGUAUGAUACAAACUCAGGCUCUCCAAACAUGGAACUUCAUUCCCUUCCAAGCGGAAAAAACGUGGUCUUAGCAGAGGAUAAGGGAUUUGAUUUAUACGCAAAGGCAGAAGACUGCUUCAGCCCAGACCACCUUGAUGUGCGUUUAGGGUUUGAUCUCUGCAUGCAGGAGCAAGACUUUCUAUGCAAAAGGCAGAAGUAUGUCGCUCCUGCUCUGAAGAAGGUCCUGCAGCUGGAACAGGAUCUGCUGGACCAUGAGACCCCAGUGGUGGCCAUCAUGACUACGGGAGGAGGGAUGAGAUCUUUGACCGCACUGUACGGCAGUCUGCAGGGGCUCAAGAAGCUCAAUGUCUUGGACUGUGCCACGUAUCUGACUGGCUUGUCUGGUACUACAUGGACCAUGUCAAACUUGUACAGAGAUGCUGACUGGUCACAAAAGGAUCUCAACAAGCAAAUCAGCGAGGCUCGAAAACAUAUGACAAAAUGCAAAAUAAAUUCCCUUUCCUUGGAGUAUUUGACAUAUUACAAAAAGCAGCUGUGUCAACGGAAAAGAGAGGGCCGCAAAACAUCUUUUAUAGAUCUCUGGGGACUUGUCCUGGAAUCUUUGUUGCAUGAUGGGAAAGACAACCAUAGACUCUCUGAUCAGCAACGGGCCAUUGAUCGUGGUCAGAACCCAUUGCCUAUCUAUACUGCAGUCAAUGUCAAGAACAACUAUAGCACUAUGGAUUUCAAAGAAUGGGUGGAGUUCACCCCUUAUGAGGUGGGAUUGCAAAAAUAUGGAGCUUUUGUUCGUGCUGAGGAUUUUGGCAGUGAGUUCUUCAUGGGUCGGUUGAUGAAGAAGGUCCCCGAAUCCCGGAUCUGCUUCUUAGAAGGCAUGUGGAGUAGUUUAUUUUCAUUGAAUGUGUUAUAUAUCUGGAAUUUGUCCCAUUCAUCGGAAGAUUUCUGGCACAGGUGGACCCGGGACAAAAUCGACAAUAUAGAGGAGGAACCUCUACUACCAGUGAAACCACAUGAGCUGCGGACUCGCCUGUUCACCCCUCCCGGCCCCCUCGGCAGCGCCCUUCGCAGCACCCUCACCGACCGCCUCUGCAUUGCCCAGGAGCACAACUUCCUGAAGGGUUUACAGAUGCAUAACGACUACCUGGAGAACAAGCACUUCUGCAGAUGGAAAGAUACUGUGUUAGACACAUUUCCCAACCAGCUGACACCAUCAGAGGAAUUCCUGUCUCUGGUAGAUACAGGAUUUUUCAUCAAUACAAGCAUCAUGCCACUUUUGAAACCGGAGAGAAAGGUGGACGUCAUCCUGCAUUUAAAUUACAGUGCAGGAUCCCAGAUACAGGCUCUGGACCAGACCUGCAAGUACUGCUUGGAGCAGGGAAUCCUUUUUCCCAGGGUGAACUUGAGUGAAGAAGACAGGAAAAACCCGAAGGAAUGUUACCUCUUUGAUGGUGCUGAGACUCCAGGAGCGCCAGUACUGCUAUUUUUCCCACUAAUUAAUGAUACCUUCCAAAAAUACAAAGCACCAGGUCAGAAGCGCUCAGAGUCAGAGAUGGAAGACGGCAAAGUUGAUCUCUAUGGCUGCUGUUCCCCAUAUUCAACAUAUUCAAUCCAAUACACUGAGAAGGUAUAUGACCGUCUGGUUCAGCUGGGUGAAUACAACAUCCUGAAUAAUGAGGACCUUAUUAUGAAGGCCUUGCACACAGCAGUGGCACGGAAAAGGCAGAAAAGGAAAUAA